CUGAUCGAUAUCUGAGGAGAUGCGCGCGCACUGAUCGCCUCGGGGAUCGAUAGCUGAUCGAUAACGCAUGCUGGAGCUCCGCUGCUGUCUGGAGGAUGCGAUGGUCACGUUAGACAGGUGUGCUCUUCCUCCUCCUCGGAUCAGGUGGAUGUGACACACACACACACACACACACACACACACACAUCAUGCAGGCUGCACCCUUCCAGUAUGAUUUCUACAGUGAGGAGAACGCGCCCAAAUGGAGAGGACUGCUGGUGCCGUCACUCAACAAGGUGCUGAGUCAGGUGCACCCGAAGCUGUCGUCGCAGCAGGAGGCGCUGCAGUACAUCGAGGGCCUGAUCCUGGUGCUGCUCAACACUCUCUGUCAGGCUCAGCCGCGCACUGUGCAGGACGUGGAGGAGCGAGUGCAGAGGAGCUUCCCGCACCCCAUCGAGAAAUGGGCCAUCGCCGACGCUCAGGCCGCGAUCGAGAAGAGGAAGAGGAGGAACCCGCUAGCGCUGCCUGUCGACAAGAUCCACCCGCUGCUCAAGGAGGUUCUGGGGUAUAAGAUCGAUCAUCAGGUGUCGGUGUACAUCGUGGCGGUGCUGGAGUACAUCUCUGCAGAUAUACUGAAGCUGGCGGGAAACUACGUGAGGAACAUUCGUCACUAUGAGAUCUCGCAGCAGGACAUCACUGUGGCCAUGUGUGCCGAUAAGGUGCUGAUGGACAUGUUCCAUCAGGUGGAGGAGGACAUCAGUGUGUUUCCUCUGGACGAGGAGCCGUCUGCGGCCGAGGAGCAGAUGUACUAUGACCUGGUGAAGACCUUCAUGGCGGAGGUGCGUCAGUAUCUGCGCGACCUGAACCUCAUCAUCAAGGUUUUCCGCGAGCCCUUCGCCUCCAACACCAUGCUGUUCUCCCCUCACGUGAGUCCCGCUCCUCUGCUCUAGGGCUGUCGCGAUAACCGCAAUA